AUGCGGCUACACCGGGAGCCAGAUGCGCCACAGUUCUCGUCUUUGUUGCAGCUGCAUAUGUAUCGAUAAUUUUUUCACGGGUGAGGAAUUGGCAGCGGAAAUGAGCAGGCUGGACAACGAAUGCAACAAAAAGGCGAUGGAGAACAAGAUGAACGGAAGGCCGCAGUUCGUCUUCCUAGCGCAUUUUUCGCCGCCAGACGGGCAGAAGGCUGCUGACAUUUACUGCGACUGGGCGCCAGAAGCAGGCCGGUUGCAGUUUAAGUUUACGCCACUGCUACCUCUACCACCAGGAAAGUCCUCGCCGCCAGUGCCACAGCCACCGGGACACAACCCACCGCAACUGUUUUCGCCUCAUUCACCCGGUGCUUUUCUAGAAGGCUUUCGGGCGACGCUGUUCAAUGCAGUUGCGGGAAUUUUUACACCAUUUAGGAGGAAAAGCUCUCGUACGGAUUCUGGCCAUGGUGUCUAUCAAGUCGUUGCUGUCGCGGAACCCGGAGAGAUUGACGGCGCAAACAACGAAGGCGCACUGCUGGUGCGCACAUUGCGGAAGCCGACUGCGGCGUCUGAGUCGUACCGUUCGCUCUUUUGCAAAAAGAUGAGCUUGCAGCGUGAAGAAAUUAACGCCAGCGAGUGCGCGGCCGCAAAGAUUUUCGUGGACAACUGGAGGAAAAACGGCGAAGACACGGGUCAAUACGUGGGAGAGGCCUACAACGUCGCGACCCCGUUCUGCACACGUUUGCGGCCUGCGGUCGAUUCGGGAAAGCACGAGGCGCUUUGUGCAGAUGCCAUGAAUGCUGUAACGUCGAGCAGCCUCCUGGCUGAGUUCGAGUCGACGACGGACGCCGCCAGCAGUGGCGAAGCGUCACACAAUGCAUUGUGGUGGACUUGGGAAAGCAAUCGCGUCCUGAAGGAAGUUGGAUUUUUCCACCGAGACAUCACAGAUGAGAAUUGGCUUCGCUCUUCACCUCCAGCCGCCUUCUUGAUAGCCACCGACAUGGGCGUGGCGUGCGCGACAAGUCAAAAAAGCGAGGGCAACGUCGUGCCCUGUCAAAAGUGGACAUUUGUUGGCACGCCAGUAUUCGUUUCCCCAGAUCAUUUGAUUUUCCCGUUUGGCUCCGACUACAGCGACUGCAAGGACUUCGGAAACAAAGUAUAUAGUCCGAAGCAUUCGAUUGCAGUCCACGCGGCCAGAGGAGACUCCUUCAGCUGGGCGGCCACAGUCAUUCAGGCCGCUGCGCCCAAGUACUUCAGCAACAUCGUCCUUGACUUGCUGGGACUUAAACGCCUUACCCGUUUCGAAUUAUUGCUCCUUUAUGUUGUGUCACUCACACUGACUCUAUCACAAAUUGUUAUACGUCCUGAGAAAACUUUAACUUGUGUAGACCGUCCCUCACAGGUAGGCGCAUAUCCUAAGCUCAUGCCCCAAAAAUCAAGAAACCCGACAUGACGUCACCUCUAAUUCCAAGGAGGAAGAAGAGCAUAUGAGCUGAUUGGGUUGCGAAUGCUACUAGGCGAAGCGGCCUGUCCAAGUUCAAUUUUGAUUAUGAGUUGAGAGCGGCUUUCGCUGUAGGGGUUUUGUUCAAUCACAACUAUACCAAUGCCUAGAAGUGUUUCAAUUUCAAAUCUAAGCCCUUGAAAAAUCAAGCACCCCAAGCAUGAUGUGCUCCCUUUCUUUCAUAUAGCUGGAGAUUAGUACUGCAGCGAGCCGGAUUGCCGCGCCUGGAGCUUCGUCCCCGACGAUCUCACCCGCGGGCGAAACGCUGAAAAAGUUAUGGUGCGUUAGUACUUAGUAGAUAGCACGGUCGCGGAUGGAACUGGGGCGAAGUAAAUAAGCUCCGUCCUCAUUAUCAGAAUAAUAUCAACUAAAAUAAGUUGUGCUGGUUUUCAAGAAAUGUUGAUGUCGUCGAUCGAAUGGUCACCGGAUUCGCAACAGCUACAACGAAUAACUCCUGAAGCUAAUAAAGAUUUAGAUUACAUUAUAUUUUCUUAGCGUGAAAUAUGCUGGAAGCUCUUACAGAAUUCGCAUACUUAAAGCGUUAGACUUUCCUAGCAUGGUGCAGGAGAGUUCUUCUUGAAAUGAUUUUUUGGUGAUUGAGUUUAUUUCUUAUGUCCCAUUUUUUUUAGUGAAGUUCGUUCGCGACGUCUGCCAUCGUGGACGGAUGAGUGAAUUUUGGUGCAUAUUGGUAUUGUUCUUGGUGUUCAUUUUUUUUCUUCUAUCCAAAAGAACCUCAAGGAUCGCCUCACUUCUGUGUCAUUGCGUUUACAUAUUGACUAGCUACCAUUGACAAGGACAAGGCUUUUACUGAGUCAUAUGCCUACUUCCAAAAUAUGAGGUAAAGUUCGGGUUUGGAAGAGGUAGGUGCUUUAUGGUAGUUUUGCACUUUUGAGUCUUUGCAUUCUACAUCAACCAUCGAUCCGGCAUCUUUUCGACCUUUCUUCUUGUUUUAUCAAGAACGCGAUGCAGCAGAGCAUCGCUGCAACAGGCAGUGGCGAAGAGAAGGCCGAUUCCUUGGGGGAGACGGAUGAACAGAAAAAAAUAAGUACUUGUACUGCGAAUUUUAUUUUGAUCCGUAUACCGCUACUGCUAGUACAUAUUGGUGACUUUCCUAGCAUCAAUAUUACUAACUUAUUAUCUAAUAACCUCCAGUCAUCAGUCAUGGGGAGGGUGAAACUCUGCACGCAUCUGCGUGUGUGAGAAUGGGUGAGACAAAGGCGGGCGCAAUCACGUAUUUCUCAAGGACAGCUACAAAGUAGACACUGCUAGAAGUAGCACGAAAGUCAUACAGCGAGCACGCGCGUGCAUAUUACUUCUACAAUAUUUGCAACUUCCACUCCUGUUUUCUCGUCACAAGAUAUUCGCUUAUUCGUCUCCAUCUUUAACUCCCACACAGGAGCAGAAGCGAAUAGUAAUAUCCUGCGGGCGCUUGAAGCCACGGAACUCAAGCCGCUGCCGUAUGGAGGCUCAGAGAAGGGGCCCAUCCCAGCGAUUGAGCUUAUGGCGCAAAUACUACUUGGCAACCCAUGGAAUUUGGAUCAACAUAGCUAUAAAAGUCUUCUUUACACCUGGACCUCGGCGGAGGAUAGCGAUGACGCGGAAGUAAAGGCAGCUGCAGUGAAACUCUGUGCGCCUCCUCCUCCUCCUUCGGAAGAGCCGCCACAUGUUCCCUUGCCGACUUCAGUUCCUCUUCCAAGCUUCCCGAAAAAGCCUCAGCCUUAGCAGACACAACUUUUACGAAGAUCCUUAAGCGAUUAGAUGAUAUCUGCGGUAUGUAUAAUACAUACUAUGUAUAAAAAGUCUUUGAAGAAGCCUGACUCCUGUAGUUGCUCCAUUAUCUGUAUGUAGAGAGAAGACGUUAUGGAUACAGAGGACGCGGAAAUGUGUACGUGCAUCUGUAAAGAAGACUGCACUUUUUUGCUGAGACUUGUUGAUUGCGUGGAUUGAUUUGAAAAGUAAUGGUAAUCUUUCUAAUGCAACUCCUUCCACAAUAAACAUAAAGUAGUCUUAAUCUCUCUAAUGCAACUCCUUCCGGUGCUGAUGUUGCGGUCGGACGCGGAGGGGCUAUCGACCCGGGAAUUUUAUGAGAAAAGAGCCAGUUGAAGAUGUAGGCGCGAGGGGUAUAUGUAAUUAUGGCCAAGAUGAUGAGAAAGAGAAUAUGAAAUUGAAGAACUGCUACUACAACCAUGUGAAAACUGAACCAGAACCAGCUUCGAAAUCAUUAAACAAAAGGAUGCCCAGUCACUCGUAGCUCCAUUGAACGAAAAUACUAGUAGAAGUAAUGGCACAAGCACAACUGGUAGCAAGAGGCAGGUAAAAAUUUGGGAUGUAUGGAGAAUGGCUAGAACUAAAAAGUAUGAGAUGCGUCCGUAAAAAGAAAGCGGAUAUUAUAUCUGAUGAACAAUAAGUAAUAAUUACUUAUAUGCACUUAUGAAAAGACGAAGCAGUGCAACUCUCAACGCACUUAUGAAAAGACGAAGCAGUACUGUUGUAGGACAGAAAAACGAAAAGAAAGCUGUCAGAAGUCGAAGAAUCAAUAGCAGUUAGGUUCCCGUGAAGAUAUGAAAAAAUACAGAGACAUCUGCAAUACUUACUAGGAUUAAAUUGAAUGAUGAUUGAAGAUGAAAACCCCGGCAAGUGUCGGAAGUAAAAAUAAAGAGUCAUUUAGAGAAGUCAGGCAAAGAUAAAGACACUCUUCUUGUUGGCUAAGUAGUCUGUUACUGUUUCGCGCUCAAAGUCAAAAAAACCGAAGUGAGGAUAUGUUUAUGCGUCAGUCUACCUGUGAGUUAAGAAACCGUACAAACGUACGCAUAGCCAUAGUCUUUUUACUCUCAUGGAUGUACAGAACACCGAUGAAGAUAAACGUGAUUCAUAUGCAUAGUGAGGUAGGAAUAGAACAUCGCCUGGCAUCAGAGUAAAAAGGCAGUGACAAUAAUUAGACGUUAGUUUCAACUUCAAGAUUCGAAUUGACCAGCAGCAGUUGUAGUGCCAAAUUCUCUCAUCCUUGCGAUGUGGAAAAGUUUCAGAUUCAGUUUCACAGAGUAAAGCCACUAGUCCAGAGCCCGCAUACGCUUACGCAUGGG